ACCCUUCACCAAAUCUAUGUUACAAUUCACAUUCUCCAAACAGAUCCAAUUGGUUAAUUCUUCACUAACAUUCUCAAUAAAAAAAAAACACAACAAUAAUGGCACAGGCACACCCAGAACAAAACAUACAAAAACAGACAUCCAAGAAGGAUGAAAAAAGAGAAAUUUCCAAUUCAAAUUCUUUCAAAUUCAAUGCACAUGCACCUGAAUUUGUUCCCAGUUCGCAUACCACCCAGAUUCCGGUUUCGGGUUAUUUCUAUCCAUGUUUUAAUUAUGUAGGUGUGGGUGUUGGUGUGGGUGAUGGCAGUGGUUCUCCUGAUUGGGUUUAUGUUGGUGGUGGUGAUCAAGAUCAGCAUGUGCAGUUUUUUUCUAACCCGGAUGUCGUGAUCCCCGCGUAUUCCAAGAAUGUUCUCACUGAAGAUCUUCAACAAAAGAUUGUUAAACAGGUGGAGUAUCAAUUCAGUGGCUUGAGCCUGCUUGCAAAUGAAUCCUUGGUUAAACACAUUAGCAAGGACCCUGAGGGAUAUGUUCCUAUAUCUGUUAUUGCAUCUAUGAAGAAAAUCAAAUCCUGCAUCACUAAUAACCAAUUGCUUGCUCAAGCUCUUUGCGCGUCUUCUAAGUUGGUCGUAAGCAAUGAUGGCAAAAAAGUUAGGCGUAAACACCCCUUCACGGAGAAAGACAAAGAAGAACUACAGUCUCGUACGGUUGUUGCUGAGAAUUUACCCGAAGAUCAUUCUCAUCAAAACCUUGAGAAAAUCUUUAGUGUGGUCAGAAGCGUCAAAGCGAUACGUAUUUGCCACCCGCAAGAGCCUAAUUCUUCGCGCUCUAGAGGAGAUUACGUUUUUAGUAACAAGCUUCAUGCUUUGGUGGAAUACGAAACAUCGGAGAUGGCUGAAAAAGCGGUUGAAAAAUUAAACGAUGAAAGAAAUUGGCGAAAAGGGCUUAGAGUUAGGCUGCUCCUUCGACGUUCACCAAAGUCUGUUUUAAAGAGCAGGAAGUCCGAGUUUGACGGGUUACUUGAUGAUGACAUUGAUGAAGCAUAUGAUUUGCCCGAAGAAUCUUCUCCUACUAAUGUUAUAGAACUUGCUAUCGACAAUAAUGCCGAAGAGGGGUCAAAGAAAGGAUGGGCCCGAGGACGUGGGAAGUCAAAGAUUCGCACAUCGAGUCAUAAUGGACGCGGAGUUCUUUCACAGUCGCCGCAAUCAAGCGGGUCUACCCAUUCGGAGACAACAUUGUCACCUAAAUUGAGUCCUAAAGGGCCAAGAAUGCCUGAUGGAACUAGGGGGUUCACUAUGGGAAGAGGAAAGCCUAUGUCUCCUCCUGCUUUAACCACCACACCAUAAUAUUUGCUUAAAUUUUGUCAGGUUAGUUAUAUAUAGUUGAUGGUAGUUUUUCUUUAUUUUGUGUUUGUAAUAAUUUGUAUAUUUUGAUGAUUUUUUUUCUUUGUAUUUUUUGUUUGCUUGGAUGCUAAACUGUGAC